AUGGCUUCAUCUCAUCAAUCAUCGUCCAAUUAUGUGUACCCUACACAUAUGAUGGAUAAUCUCUCCAUGCUAAGACAAAUGAUCAUGGCAUGGACAAUGCGCUUUGACGAAGUCCUAGACCCAGAAAAACUCCAUAAUACCCUCACGGAAUUGCUUCAGAUCGGCGACUGGAAGAAGUUCGGAGGGCGACUCAAAUUUGGCAACAACACGAACGGACACCUCGAGAUACACUCAACGACCCCAGCUGUUGCGUUUUGGCAUAAGAAAUACGAUAUCAGCAUUGGCGAGCACGAAUUGACUACCUCUUUCCCGAAGGCCACGGCAGAGCCGUCUGUACAUCCGAUUUUGUCCAAUUUUUGGGAUUUGGUCUUAUCACCCGAUACGCCUAAAACUCUCAAGGAUUUCACUAGUCGAGAUGUACCCGUGCUUUCUCUGCACAUCGUGUCGUUCGAAGACGCGACAAUCGUCAGUAUUUCGUGGCCUCACGCUCUCUUCGAUGCAAAGGGCUUUCAUCAUCUGGUGCAGGCGUGGUCAGACGUCCUUAAUGGCCAUAAGGAAAAUGUUCCAGAAAUUAUAGGUGCUAAAGAUGACGUGCUCUACGACAUCGCCGGUAAAUCCAACUACAGUUUACAAAUUUCAGACAUUGAGUCGAGAACGCUUUCAGGAUUCUCGUUCAUACUUUUUGUUGUCCGAUUCCUUUGGACUCUUCUUACGCAACCAACUGUUGAAAGUCGUAUGAUCUGUCUUCCGAAGAAAACCGUUGAGAAGCUACACCAGCAAGCCCUGUGCGAUAUUAAAGAUGUAACUAGUGACGCCUGGGUCAGUCCCAACGAUGCUAUCCUGGCGUGGUUCACUAGAACCAUAUUUAAAUCAACCUCGCGACCAAUCAGCCUGGUAACUCCCAUCGACGCCCGCGUUCGUCUAUCCCAACUCCAAAACACCAAAGGAGUAUACGCACAGAAUAUGGUUCUCGCAUCUUUCAGCACGAUGCUUCCCACCAUAUUCCAGCAACCGCUCGGCAUCCAAGCUCUGACAUGUCGCCAAGACCUCCUCGACCAACUCCAAGAACCCAAGCUGCUAGCAAUGUUAGAAUUCUCUCGCAAGCGCGGCACAGCACAAACACCGAUAUUUGCCAAGUCAAAUAGUAUUCUCCUCACGACUAAUAACAGAAUGAAAGCGGAUAUCUUUGCGGCAGCCAGAUUUGGUUCCGCGGCCGAGAAAUCUCCGGGCCCUGUCUAUCACCAUGCAGAUCUAAUUAAUGCGAAUGCUGGCAGGAUAAUGAGAAACCUUAUCAACGUGCAAGCAAAGGAUUUGGAUGGUAAUUAUUGGGUUUCGGGGUGUUUUACGCCUAAGGAGUGGGAGAGGAUUGAGAAAGAGAUUGUUCACUUGGCUUAG